AUGAAAUUCUACGAUGGCAGGCACGUCGCCGUGAUCCACCAUGUCAACAACGUCGCAAUCCACGAGCUGGCCAGAAAGCUGCUGGACCACGAGGGCGGCGAGCCCGCGACGCCAGCACCGGCGCAAACCGAGGCAGGCCUGGCCAAGGCGGCAGCGCCGGCAGAAGCCGCGAGGGCACCAGCGGCGGAGCCCAGCCCCAUUCCCCCAGUGGAGGCGCCGGCCCCUUCGCCCGACCACGGCGGAGAUAUGGGAAUGAAGCUCUUCUGCUUCGCAUGGUCGCCUCGACGCAAGAACGACGAGGGCAUGCUUAACGAGGUCAGGAAGCAGUACAGAAAGUGCGAUGGCCACCUCUUCUUCACGGACACUGAGAGCCCCGUGAAGGAGGACGAGGAGGACUUCGUCCGGGUGCACGGUGUCGGAGUGUGA